AUAAAUCUGCAUAUAUAUAUUUUUUGUUCUCCAAAGGUAGUCGUCGUACGUUAUUUUAGCAGCUGAUAUAAACAGCCCUAAAGAUCUUUCUGAUCAAACUUUGUUUAUUUCGAGUCUCAAGACAGCCUUCAUCAGAGCUGCUCUUGAAAGGUCCACAAAUGGCAUCCAAUGGACAAUCUACUACUAAACCCCCUCCAAAUCCAUCUCCAUUGAGAAGUGGCAAGUUCUAUCAGGCCAACAUGAGAAUCUUGGUUACUGGAGGAGCAGGGUUCAUUGGAUCUCAUCUGGUGGAUAAGUUAAUGCAGAAUGAGAAGAAUGAGGUGAUUGUAGCGGAUAACUAUUUCACUGGCUCGAAAGACAAUCUUAAGCAAUGGAUUGGUCAUCCUAGAUUCGAGCUUAUUCGUCAUGAUGUCACAGAGCCUUUGCUGGUUGAAGUUGAUCAAAUCUAUCACUUGGCUUGCCCUGCCUCUCCAAUUUUUUACAAAUACAAUCCCGUAAAGACAAUUAAAACAAAUGUGAUGGGGACACUAAACAUGUUGGGACUUGCCAAGCGAGUUGGAGCAAGGAUUUUGCUUACUUCAACUUCCGAGGUUUAUGGAGAUCCUCUUAUUCAUCCCCAGACAGAGGACUAUUGGGGCAAUGUUAACCCUAUUGGCGUGAGAAGUUGUUACGAUGAAGGAAAGCGAGUAGCGGAAACUUUGAUGUUUGAUUACCACAGGCAGCAUGGAAUUGAAAUAAGAAUUGCUCGUAUUUUCAAUACUUAUGGACCGCGAAUGAACAUUGACGAUGGUCGUGUUGUCAGCAACUUCAUCGCUCAAGCAAUCCGCGAUGAAUCUUUGACUGUUCAGUUACCCGGAACACAAACCCGGAGCUUUUGUUAUGUUUCCGACAUGGUUGAUGGCCUCAUCCGACUUAUGGAAGGGGAGAACACCGGGCCAAUCAACAUAGGCAAUCCAGGUGAAUUUACUAUGCUGGAGCUUGCGGAGACAGUAAAAGAGAUUAUAAAUCCUAGUGUGAAGAUCAUAACUGUUGAGAACACUCCUGACGAUCCUCGUCAGAGAAAGCCGGAUAUCACAAAAGCAAAGGAGUUGCUUGGUUGGGAACCGAAGGUCAAGUUGAGCAGCGGCAUUCCUCUCAUGGAGGAUGACUUUCGCAAGAGGCUCGAAACUCCAAAGAAGAAAUGAAUUAAUGAAUGAAGGCUGAGUUGUUUUUGUAUUUUGUUUUGUUUGAAUAAAAGUUAUAUACAAUUCAAACUUUAUAAAGUUAUAAUGGGAUGAUGAUGGUGCCUGGAUUAAGUUGUUAAAUUUGCUUAAUAUAGAGCUUGUUUAAGAUUAUAUGAAAUUAAUUUUCUUUUUUGGGUGAAAUUGAUUAACGAAAAUGCUUGAAUAUGUUACUAUUCUGAUGUUUCAUUUCAUUA